GGUGGCGGUGACGGCGAUAGCGGAGGCGGCGGCUGCGAAAUUCAGUAGUUACUGGUCGCAGCACGCAGACCGGAACCAUGAGCCGCCUUGGGAACGCUGUCCUCGUCCUGGUCCUCACCGUCCUCUCCACCACGGAGGGUGUGUCGCUAUCGGGAGCGCCUCAUUGCCCCGAACCCUAUGGUGAACAAGCCUACCCUCAUCCGGACGACUGCAACUCCUACUUUCUCUGCACGAAUGGCACCCUGACGCUCGAGCACUGCGAAAACGGACUGUUGUUCGACGGGAAGGGAGCCGUGCAUAACCAUUGCAAUUAUCAUUGGGCUGUGCACUGCGAUCAACGCACCGCUAACCUAAUACCGCUGAGUUCGCCGGGAUGUGAGUACCAGUUCGGCAUUUAUCCGGACAGCGACUCUUGCAGCACGAGUUACAUAAAGUGCGCAUACGGUGAGCCACACGAGGCUCAUUGCGAUCCCGGACUCGCCUAUGACGACAAGAGCCACACCUGCGUCUGGCCGGAUCAACUCCUACCCUACUGCAAUCCGGAGGCCAUCGUCGGCUUCAAGUGUCCCCAUAGGCCACCCACUGGAGCAGCCGCUAGAUUCUGGCCCUUCCCCAGAUUCCCGGUACCUGGUGAUUGCGGCCGUCUAAUUACUUGCGUUGAUGGUAAUCCGCGCCUCAUCACCUGCGGCGAUGACAAGCUCUUCGAUUCCGAGUCUCUCAGCUGUCUCGAUAAGGACGAACUUCCUCAUUGGUUAGCCUCACCUUUUUCCCUUCUAUUUUCACUUAAUUUAAAAUUAUAUUUAUCACGAGAUUCUUUCAUUGCAGUGCUUAGAAAGGUACAGAUUACGAAAUACUCGGAUGGAAGGUAAUUAUUAUACAUCAAUGUACAUUUAUAAAUAUGCCUGGAUGAAACGUCGCU